UUUUUAAUUCUACCACCCAACAUGUGAAUAACUGCUGUUUUGUUGGUGAAGUAAAUUAAGCUUUUCUUUAAGCAGUUUUAAAGAUGACUUUUUUAGAAUUGAUCAAUAAGAGCUACAAUGGAAACCACUCAAGAGACGCGUUCAACCAGUCCCUUUUGGUUAAUCUUUUUACGAACGACAACACCACCAACUCAACCGAACUCCCCUUGGACCCUCAAUCAAUUGGUAUCGGUGUCUUACUCGCUGUUUUUAUCUUAUUUGCGAUUGUGGGGAAUAUCUUAGUAAUACUUUCAGUAAUUUGCAACAGACACUUACAAACUGUAACGAAUUAUUUCAUCAUUAACUUAGCCAUUGCAGAUUUACUGCUGAGCAUCAUUGUACUGCCCUUCUCUGCUUCUUUGGAAGUCUUGAGGUUUUGGGUAUUCGGCAGGAUUUUCUGCAACAUCUGGGCAGCUGUUGAUGUACUUUGCUGCACUGCUUCCAUAAUGAGCCUGUGCGUAAUUUCAAUAGACAGGUACAUAGGAGUAAAAUAUUCUCUCAAAUACCCGACUAUUAUGACUGAGAAAAAAGCGGUGGUAAUCUUGAUUGUGGUCUGGGUGUCGUCUAUGGUUAUUUCAAUCGGACCGCUUUUGGGAUGGAAGGAACCCCCGCCUUCAGACGAGAGCGUCUGCAGUAUCACCGAAGAGCCGGGCUAUGCGCUCUUCUCGUCUUUGUUUUCAUUCUACCUCCCGUUGAUGGUCAUCCUGGUGAUGUAUUUCAGGAUCUACGUUGUAGCCAGGAGGACCACCAAAAGCCUGGAAGCAGGGGUAAAAAAGGAAAGGAACAAAUCCAAGGAAGUCGUUCUUAGGAUUCACUGUAGAAGCGUCCUGGAGGAGGCAGCUGCUAGCUCAAAGAAUAAGAACCACCCGUUCCGAAGUUCGCUCUCCGUGCGCCUUCUAAAAUUUUCAAGAGAAAAGAAAGCUGCUAAAACCCUAGCGAUUGUGGUCGGGGUUUUCAUUCUCUGCUGGCUCCCUUUUUUCUUUGUUUUGCCAUUUGGUUCUUUCUUCCCAGCUCUGAAACCAUCUGAAAUAGUUUUCAAAGUGAUCUUCUGGUUGGGCUACUUCAACAGCUGUGUCAACCCUAUCAUUUACCCCUGCUCAAGCAAAGAGUUUAAGAGAGCUUUUAUAAGACUUCUCAAGUGUCAGUGCCAGAGGAGGAAGCGUCCUUUGUGGAGGUUCUAUGACCAAAGGUGGAGAACAUCUGCCAAUGGCUCAGGGCGAGGAUCCUAUGGUGACAUCAAGCCUAGAUUCUCCCCCAACGAUUCUUUCUCGCUUAAUAACUCUUUGAUGUACAACAACAAGAGGAGAACUCUUAGUCUUCGGGGGUGGAAGCUCUUCCCACCUUUUCAGAAGUCGCCUUUCCAGCUGAAGGAAAAAUUUAACAAUCUCUCAAACAAGAUUAAGAUGGGGCCUAGCAAAAGCAGUGUGCCCAACCUCAGCAAGGCAGAAAUCGAGUCUGUUUCGAUGGGAAUCUGCAGUGACUUUACAGAGCAGAAUGACUAUGAAAUGCAUGAUCUAUCUGACUGCUACUGGCUCAGAGAAACUGAUAUCUAGCAAGCCAAACCUCCAGUGCUAUGUAUAUCUUUUGAAUUGUUGUGUGAAGAUAAAAAACUCGCUCAUAGGCAGUGAACAACAGUUUAGGCCUUUCUUAUUUGAGGCCUGCAUGGGUUUGGUUUAACUCAAUACUGGUUGUAAAUUACAAAAGUUGAUCAGAUUUAAGCACAAAAUAGGCCUGAUGUGAAGCAUAACAAUUGAAUGAAUACAUCAUUUGUUUAAUGUAGGGUGUGGAGGAAUUGAGUAUGCCUUUUUUUCCACUGAAGUUCUCACAUUUUGUGUGCCGAGUUUAGCAAACUAAACAGCAUUUCCAGUUCUAUGGAAUACUAGAGGGGAACAAUUGUUUUAUGAAGAGAUGUACCAAUGUAUUUAAAUACUUGUAAAAUAGGUGUCUCCCAUACACAGAACCAACAUUGAAGUUUUGGAAAGAGAAGGAGGAACGAAUGGUUAAGUUUACAAUUGCUUUUAGGACCCGUAAUGGAACAAACACAGCACUAUCACUGCAUCUUCAUUAUUCUACUAUUUUUCUAAAUUUUGGAUAUGUGAGUUUAAGGAAUGGCACAGCAUUAGGGGCUAUUUUGGCUUGAUUAGAUUUGUACCUUGUUAAACAUGACAUUGAGAUCUCACCAUGGUUUGAGGACUGAAACAAAAAAUUGUAAAAAGUUGAAUUGCAUAUAGUUUAGAAAAAUCUGAUAUUUCAUAUCCAUACAAAGUUGUACCUUAAACAUUGUAUUUGUAUUGGGCUAAAUGUACAUAAGAGGGAAUUACUUAACCCUCAACUAAUAAGUUGAAACAGUGAAGUGUAUUAUAAACUCACCACCAGUUGUUAGUGUAUUUUAAUGUAGUAGUUUGAAAAAAAAGUAUAUUUGUUGUACACCACAUUGUAUAAGGUUGUGCUUUGGGCAGUUGGGUACUUUAUUUGACAGUACCACAGGAGUUCCUGUAUCCAAAUUCACAUUCUGGUUUAGAGGGGCAAACUGAAAGCUCAGAGCUGUGUUGCACCUGCCUCCCUCUACCAACAGGUGUCACUGGUGUGCUACUGUUUUUUUUUUUUUUUUCUUACGGUCACAGAUAUCAUACUGUAAAAGAAAUACUUUUAAAGUGUUUAACAAGAUAAUUUGAUGAACCGUACCUGUCACACACAACAUUCACCUUAUAGGUCUCAAAUGUGCAGCUUUAAAAUAAUCACAUGGUAUAGCAAACACGUAUUUUCAUUUUAAAACAUGACAUUUUUGUCUUACAGUAAAUGAAAGGGAAUUCUCAGUUUGCUUGCCUUGCCUUUCAGGAAAUCUGUUACUGCUUCCCAUCACUUCCCAAGUCAUUUCACCUGAGCAGCGUCUUCUUUAC